GACCACGUCAUGCAAGAUGCGAGCCCCACGUAGGUAGUACGUGUUCCAAGCCAAGAACAGAAUCUGCAAACCAGUAACUACCAAAACCAGCCAUAUACCUUUGCCACUCAUCUUCUGAAACCUCGAAGAAUAUGUCACUUAUAACCAUGGAUAGAUUCAGAAGAACCACCCUUUUCUUUCUUCUUUUCUGCAUUCUGAUCAUUCUCCAAUUCCAGCUUGCAACACUUGAUGAAGGUGGCCAGAAUGUUGCUCAAGAUCAAGAUCAUCCAGAAAAACCACUUCUUUCUAAGGUGCUGUUGGACACCAUUUCUCUUCUCAGAAAGUCCCACAAAAGUUCCUGGGAGAAAAUCAAAACUGUCAUACAUGAUCUGCAGAUGCAGUUUUCCCCACCAAAUUUAGAUUUCAGGGGUGGGGGAGAGACAGAACAUGAUGUUAAAGAAGCAGUUGGGAAGAGCUUUGACAGAAGCAAGGAAACAGUUGAGGAAACUGCUAAAUCAGCAGCAAAUGUUGUUGGAGAAGCAAUUCAUAAGACAACAGAAAAGGUGAAAGAGGGUACUGACUCAGAGAAAGAGUCUAAAGCAGAACUUUGAUAAAAAACCUUGCCUUUUCUUUUUGGGGAUCAAAAUUGUAAUGAUGUUGAUGGAGGAGAUAGCUAUCUCUGUAUGAAACAAUUUAUUUAUGUUAACAUUAAAUUAGCCAACUUCAUUUACAUUAUUUUUCAUUUUGUGUUUGAUUGAAAUUAGUUCAUUGGCGCCAGUGUGGUACUUCCAUGAUCAUACCACAAACAUUUUAAGGAAGUGUAGACCAGUUGUAAACCAUAGAGGACGACCUCAACUAGCGAGUGCUUUAGUGCGCGUUUGGAAAACCUACUAAAAGGUUAUCGCACUGAGAGUAGUGAUUUAAAGAGAAGCUAUUGUGAAUCCAAAAAUGUUAUGAAC